GGCGGCGGGAUCAGUGCGCGAGAGUGCGUCGUCGAGCGAACACGGAACCCAGAAAAGCCCGAGAAGGAGGAUCAGCAGAGACAGCCAACGGGAAAACUGUAGCCAAGUGAAAGUUAGCAGAUACAGACCGUGAUAUACAUACCCGGAUAACGAAUCCAGGAUGACGGACGUGCCGGAGCCAGUGCGCAAGUGCGCCAACCUGUUGAAGGGCACUCGAAGCGAUACGGAGAAGUUCGCGGCCCUGUUCAUGGUCACCAAAUUGGUGAAGGGCAAGGAUUGCAAUUCUGCCGGCAAGAAGCUGCUGUUCGAGGCCAUUGGAUUCCCCUUUCUGAAGAAGCUUCUGGUGUCCAAGGACCUGCCAAGCGAUUGCCCACCCUUGGUCUACAAGAGCGUGGCCUUGUCGAUCCUCACCUGCUUCUGCCAGGAGGAGGAGCUGGCCACCCACAAGGACAUCAUCGAUGCUAUUCCCACGCUGCUGGAGAUCGUGGAGCAGGCCGACGACGAGGACUAUGAGGACAACCUGAUCGUGGUUAGCGAGGCCUACAGUUGCCUGAAGAGCAUCGCCAGCUAUGAGCCCGGUCAGCAGGCCCUCCUUGCCACUGGAGCUAUUCCCAAGAUGUCCCAGAUAUACUCCGCUCAGAGCUUCCAGACCGAUGAGGCCCUGCAUCUGAUUGUGCUGUUGGUGAACAAGUUUGGAGUCGCCUCCUGGCCGGAGGACCCCACGGCCUUCCACGCUCUGAUCCAGAGGAUUGCCCUGGACAUGGAAACGGAUCACACUGACAGGAAGUACGAACUGUGCCGGAUUCUGGCUGAUAUCCUGAUCACCUGCCGCCGCGAGAUCGUCAUCAACUCGCUGGAGGGCCAAAUUUGGCCGGAGAGUCUGUUCAAGGGCUGCGGCGACAUCCUGAAGGCCAAGAUCGGACCCAAGCAGAGGGACCCCGCUCUGCAUCUGAUUUCCACCACCCUUCAGGUGCUUGGCAUCCAGUGGGCCUUCAUGGACGAGCAGAAGCAGUUCUUCCUUCAGCUCCUUCAGCUGGCGGCCAUCGAGGUGCGCAUGCAGAUGGAUGAGAAGAAGCUGGAGACCACCUUCAAGCAGGCGGAUCUGAUGACCAGCUGCUUCCUGAUCCUGGAGCAGUGCAUCGAGUACAUGGCCACGGACCAGCUCGAUCUGGAGCCCAAGGAGAAGCAGACAACCUAUACGGCCCUGAAGGGAGCCUUUAACCAGGUGAUGGCUGUUUUGACCAGGGUGAGCCAGGACAAGAUCCGAGACAGCCCCAAUCCCCGCGACAAGAACUUUAUCAUCGCCAUUGUGCGAGUGUUGUCGGCUUGGUUGGCCCAGGAGACGACUGCCAUGCGACCAGCCAUCUACAAGAUCCUGCCCUUCAUGCUGAAGGUGGCCAACGAGAGCUUCCACGAUCUAAAGACCUGGCGAGCUGGCCCCAAGGAGGGUGUUGCGCCCAACGAUGUCCUACGGAUUAUGCUGCCGGCUCUUUGCCACUUUGCCGUGGAGGAUGAGGCCAGGCGGGUGCUGUUCACUCACAAGCAGGACGAAGUCCUCCUAGAGUCUCUGGAGCUGUACUUUAGCAUUGCCCACUGGAAGAGACCGCCGAUCCCCAGGGCUGAGCGCUUGAAGAGAAUGAAUGAACCGGAUCCGGUGCCAACCCCGGAACAGCAGGCCGAAAUGAAGGUCGCCCGGGGCGCCAUCGUCGCGCUGUGCAACAUCCUGAUGAACUUCACCGUGUUGGAGCCCAAGCGUGCCGAGGAUGGAGCCACUUUUGCCAGCCUGCUGAAGUUUGUGGUAGAGAACCUACCGGAACUGAAGGAUACACCCGACAACCUGGUGAUUCACGGAAAUCUGGCUGUUCUCGGUCUGCUCCUGCUGAAGCAGCAGUCGAAAAAGGUCAAGCAGAACGACUUCUCCAUCUGCCGCUACAUCCAGGCCACCAUCCGGUUCCUCUGGGACGCCUACAACAUCGACGAGAGCAACGACCCCACCGCCCUGGUGGUGUCCAUUGCCUACAAGGGCUACUGGUCAGAUCUCUCGGAACUUUGGUUCCUGGGCAUGCAGACCAUGUGCGGAGUUCUGCCCCUGGUACCGUGGCUGUCUGAGUUCGCUCUGGAGUCCGGCUGGGCCGAGGGCAUUGUCAAGACCCUGAAGAAGGUCAAGAUUGGCACCCUGCCGGCCAACGUGAAGUCCGCCUACGAGGAUUUCCUGUCCCAAUUGGUCGACGUCAACGCCGAUGUAGUGGCCGUUCUCAAGAAGGCCGACGCUCUGCGGGUUUGCCGCAACCACAGGAUGAUGGAUCUGGGCAAGAAACUCUUCGGCGACUAAACUGACCAAAGAUGACACAAAUUAAUAAAAUACUCUUCCCUGGAGGCAUUUUUUGUGUGUGAUUUGUAAACAAGCGAAAAAUGGAAAAUAUUUUUUAUGGAUUUUAUUCUAUUUUAUAUGCUCUAUUUUAAUGAUUAAAUAACUAAAUUUAUUAAAAAAUAAACACCACCAUUUUUAAAAAA